AUGGCAGUCAUUGAGGAUGCCAGGUCGCGCUCCCAAGUCAAUGCGUCCAGACCAACCACGCCUCCGCCGGCCCCCGUACCAGCAGCAGCGCACACUGCAUCCGCCUCUCCUCCCUCGGCUCCGCCUGUGGCUGAUCUGUCAUACAUCCCGGGACCCAGAACUACCUUGGCGCCCGAAGAUACUGUAAAAGGUGCUGACUAUCCUAACGUCGAGCAACCCGAACCUCCAAAAUGGUACAACGACAUUCCUCAUGGUACCCUCCAGAAAUCUCCUCGUCCCCUCCCUGAGGUUGACGAGCAUCUCAACAAGAUCAUUUCUGGUAUCAAAAACUGCAUCAAUGCCGUAGGAAGAAAGACCGCCCCGAGUCCGGCCGACUUUGAGAAGAUCAAUGACGGCAUCCACCGUGCCUUCUUUCUGGACCUUACCGCCACGACAAUUCGCAAGAGACGUCUGUUGCACAACGACACUGGACUUCCAAGAGUAUUCUGCUCGACUCUGUCUGAUGGUGUCGAGUAUCCUUGGUACUUGAAGGAAGACGCCGCUGAGCUUUACAUCAAGUGGUGGUCCAGAGACACCGAUCCAGGCUUGUUUCGUGGUAUUAGGCUGGGUCGCCCAAAAAACGUUAGGCUAGGCAGAGAAGCUACCGUUGAUAAGUUUCUCCCAAAUUACACUGGCAGAAGACACGGCGAUUUCCACGGCAAUGGUCCCCUCCGAAAUGGCCAGUGGUGGCCCUCGCAGCUUUGUGCGAUGAGAGAUGGCGCUCAUAAUGCAACUGUGGCAGGCAUAUGCGGCGACUCCAUUGGCGCAUUUUCUUGCGUCAUGUCUGGCGGCAGCUACCCCAACAUCGACAGGGGUGAGGAAGUCUGGUACUAUGGCACCGAAUCUGAAGAUUCCACUCGUCCCACCGAUUCAACUCAGUACAUGAUUAACAGCUCCCGCUCUCACGAACCUGUACGUCUGCUUCGCGCUUCAAAGAUGACAACCGAGGGAUCCAACGACUUCAGACCUGCGGAGGGCUUGCGGUACGAUGGUGUUUACGAGGUCGUUGGUUACGAAAUCAAGAAUGUGGCCAAGCAGGUCCAUCUCUUCCAUCUCGUCCGACUGCCCGGACAGACGCCCAUUAGAAGCUCCGGACCUGGAGUACGACCUACUCCUGAGGAGUUGGAAGCCUUGGCCAAAAUCAAGAUUGAGAAGAAGUAUCUGGCUUGA